ACAAGAUGGCAGCCCCCAUGAGUAGUUUGACGUGUCAAAAGCGUGUUCGGUUUUUGUGCUCUGUUUAUGCCGUUUUUAUAAGCACUUUCCCAAUUCUUGCUUUUGCAGAUUAUCAUUUCUAUUCUUUUUCUGCCAACGAUCCAAGAGGCAUACAAGUUUCUUUAAAUGCAUUUCGUGGAAAGCCUGCUCUCAUUGUUAACGUAGCCAGUGAAUGUGGUUACACCAAGAGCCACUAUGAGGAUUUGGUCUGGCUCAGCCAACAGCCAGAGAUAGACGAGAAACUGCACAUCUUGGCUUUUCCAUGCAACCAGUUUGGCCAGCAGGAGCCGGGUAGCGACCGGGAGAUCCUGGCUCAUGUCCAGGAGACGUACGGGGUGGCCUUCCCGGUCUUCGGCAAAAUUGACGUCCUCGGGAAAUAUGCCCACCCAGCUUACACAUAUCUGAUCAAUGCUUCGGGAAAACAGCCCAACUGGAACUUCUGGAAGUACCUAGUGGACCGGCAGGGGCGAGUCAUCGAUGCCUGGGGGCCCUCGACCAGCGUGCGGGAAAUAUACGGCUUUCUGGUGGCAGCGACGAAGACCGGGUCUGGACGACGGGACGAGUUCUAGCUAACUGCUAGAAUCGGUA